AAUAUUACUUGUUGUGAAAACAGCAAUCGCGGGACAUUUCCGCAAGGCCUUCGCCGUUUCAAGUUCCAAGCACAGAUUAAGCAGCAUAAUGGAGACGAAAGGACGUUUAGCAUUGUUGAGUGUCUCAGACAAGACUGGGCUUCUUGAGUUUGCUACGGACCUGAGUGUGCAGGGAUUCAAACUGGUUGCCUCUGGGGGCACAGCCAAGGCUCUAAGAGAAGCUGGUCUUCAAGUCAGUGACGUGUCUGAUAUUACUGGAGCUCCUGAAAUGUUAGGUGGACGUGUGAAAACUCUACACCCAGCAGUGCAUGGAGGAAUUCUCGCUUGUUCUACUGAGGAAGAUAUGAAAGAUUUGACAGACCAGGGUUUUCAGAUGAUUAGGAUAGUUGUCAACAACUUGUACCCAUUUGCUAAGACCAUUGCCAAGCCCGACGUGUUUGUACCUGAAGCUGUGGAACAGAUUGACAUUGGUGGUGUGACCCUUCUCCGAGCAGCUGCAAAGAAUCAUGCGCGAGUAACGGUGGUGUGUGACCCUUCUGAUUACAGGAGAGUUUUAGAAGAACUUCAGAGCUCUGAAGAUCAUGACACAAGCCUAGAGACCAGACAGGCACUAGCAGUUAAGGCUUUUAAUCACACAGCAGAGUACGAUGCGAUGAUCUCGGAUUAUUUCCGGCGGCAGUUCAGUGCGGGCAUCUCCCAUCUGCCUCUGCGAUGCGGGAUGAACCCGCAUCAGAAACCCGCACAGCUCUCCACCACGCUACCGCAACUGCCCAUUAAAGUGGUGAACGGCUCCCCGGGUUUCAUCAAUCUCCUGGAUGCGCUGAAUGGCUGGCAGCUGGUGAAGGAGUUGAAGACAGCCUCUGGAACAGCCGCUGCAGCUUCCUUCAAACAUGUCAGCCCUGCAGGGGCUGCCAUCGGUGGUCAGGGAAUGUCAGACGAAGACAAGAAAGUCUGCAUGGUUGACGAUAUGGAUGAGUUGUCUCCCUUGGCAGAAGCCUAUGCCAGAGCUAGAGGUUCAGACAGAAUGUCCUCAUUUGGUGACUUCAUAGCCCUCUCGGACGAGUGUGAUGUCACAACUGCAAGAAUCAUAUCGCGGGAGGUGUCGGACGGAGUUGUUGCCCCUGGAUACUCACCCGAGGCCUUGGAGAUACUGAAGAAGAAAAAGAAUGGCGGAUACUGUGUGCUACAGAUGGACCCCACAUAUGAGCCCCCUGAGACCGAGACCCGCACCCUGUACGGCCUGCAGCUGACCCAGAAACGGAACGACGCUGUCAUCAACAAACUGGUUUUCAAAAAUAUCGUCACAUCGAGCAGUGAGGUUUCAGAGAGGAACAUCCGCGACCUCAUAGUGGCCACUAUCACACUCAAGUAUACCCAGUCUAACUCUGUGUGCUACUCAAAGAAUGGACAGGUGAUUGGUAUAGGGGCUGGACAGCAGUCUAGGAUUCACUGCACCCGUCUUGCAGGGGACAAGGCAAAUAACUGGUGGUUGCGACACCAUCCCAAGGUGUUGAACAUGAAGUUCAAGAAGGGAACAAAGAGAGCUGACAUGGCCAACGCUAUAGACCAGUAUGUCCUGGGGACAGUUGGUGUGGAUUCGGAUCGUGCCAGUUGGGAGAGUGUGUUUGAAGAAAUCCCUGCAUUCCUGACCGAUGCUGAAUGUUCUGAAUGGAUCUCCCAGUUAAAGGGUGUAGCCCUGAGUUCUGAUGCCUUCUUCCCAUUCAGGGACAACAUAGACAGGGCAGUACAGAGUGGUGCAGAAUACAUUGCUGCCCCAGGUGGGUCCACUAAUGACGAGGGGGUGAUCAAGGCCUGCAAUGAGCAUGGGGUUUCCCUCAUUCACACCGAUAUAAGACUCUUCCACCACUAGAUGGGUCACUUUCUGUCUGAAGAAUUUCCAUCACUCUGCAUUCACUUGACUUGUUACAUGUUGACACUAGGCCAGUAGUCAUAUUAAUCGGUUUCAUUUAAUUCCACUUUUGUGUUCAUGCCUGUGCUUUUAAUUGAAAUGUAAUCAGUGAUUAUAGACAGUUCUGUUUUGUACUUAAGUGAUACAAUCUUGAUGUCUACCUGUCCUUAAUUUUCAUCAUUGUAUGUGCCUAUGCACCCAUACAAAGAUAUAAUAAAUUUUAUGUUUUUUCAUUGGAAA